AUGUUUCGUCGAGUGAUAUUCAGGAUUAAUACUAAUUUAAGGACAUCCAUAGCUAAUUCAGAACUAAAGCGACACAAAUUUUUAACAGCAUGCUUCGUUGAAGUCAACAGCAAUGAUCUCUGUAUUCCUCAAUCGCACAUUUGUGCACGACAACUUAGUAUUCCCUCACUAGCAUUAUAUAGUGAUAAGAAAAUAGAUGAUUUUAGAGCACGAGAAGAGGAAAAGGAAGCAGAUUUUAAUAAGCAACCAAUAGAAAAGGAAGAGAAAGCAAGCAAAGAAGAAUCCACAAAUCAAGAGGAUGAGAAAGUGACUGAAAUAAAGAAUAAAAUUUUAGAAGCUUCAUUAGAGUUUGUGUCCACAGCAGGAUGGACGAGACAGGCAAUUGUAAAAGGAGCUGAGAAAGCAGGAUAUCCAGGCACAAUUCAUGGAAUGUUUCCAAAAGGUGGAAUUAAGCUUAUUAAUUAUUUUUACCUUAAAUGUAAUAAGCAAUUAGUCGAGACUAUGAAAGAGAAAGUAGCUGGAAUUGAGAAAGUAGAAGAUCCAAAACAAUUCGUGACUUGGGCGAUUAAGGAACGACUUAUUAUGAUUAAACCUUUUAUUAGUAACUGGCCACAAGCUUUAGCUAUUAUGACGGUUCCACCCAAUGUCCCAACAUCCCUUGCUAACAUGCUGACACUCGUUGAUGAUAUUUGCUAUUAUAGUGGAGAUCGAUCUGUAGAUUUUAAUUGGUACGCACGAAGAAUAGGAUUGGCAACAAUAUACAAAGCAACAGAAUUGUACAUCCUACAAGACUCAACGCCUGAUAAUGAAGCUACAUGGAAGUUUUUAGAGCGUAGAAUUGCUGAUGCAAGUUUAGUCCACGAUGUGCUUAUACAAUCUGAAAGUGCAACACAGCACUUGUCUCAAGCAGUCACAUCAGCAUUCACUACAGCUCGUAACAUAUUAGGACUGAAUUUUGAACGAAGAUAG